AUGACAGGAAGCGUCAUCCUGAAGGUGUUGAAGCCGUUCAGGGUCACCCAUCUCGUGGUUUGUUUGCAUGGAUACGUGCAGGUGUUUAAGAACCCGAAUUCCCCGGGCGAUGGCUUCCGCAGCUACAGCAGUACGAUCGCGUUGGGUAAGGGGAAAAAGUCGGCGAGUUAUUUUGGGAAUGGCUUUGCGUCGCUGUUUGAGGACGAAUACUUUGAACGCGGCACUGUGUCGUAUAUGCUCACUUCGACACUGACUCGACCCACGACUAUCUCCCCCACCACCUCCUGCGACACCAAGGUCUAUCUGAUUGAGACUAUUGAUAUUGCGCCUAUCCACGACCCAAAACCGCGGACCAUCACGUUAGAGGCAGUCUCGCGCGGAGGGAGGAAGAAGAGGAGCGUCAAGACGGUCACAUCGACAUUCAAGUCCCCGCAAAAGAGCAGUGACAGCUCCGAACCCGCCCGGAAUAGCAGGGUGUCCGAGCUAGGCAGUGUGGCAGGAGAAAGCGACACGCCCGACAGCCCUUCCCCGAGCGACAUCAGCUUCGACAGUCAGCUCAGCAGUGGCGCCGGAACCGAGUACGGGGUUCGGUCUGUGGCCACUGCUGACAGCGCGACAGUCGUCGGGAGCAAAAUAUCAUUGCGGGGCAAGUCAAUUACUGCGAGGAUCGAGAUCUCGAAAGGUGGAUUCCUGCGCGGGGACAACAUACCGGUCAAGAUUUCUGUGGAACACACCAAACACAUCAAGAGCGUGCGGGGCAUCAUCGUUACACUGUAUCGGCAAGCUCGUGUUGAUAUGCACCCGGCUUUACCCGUUGCGCCACAUAGUAAAGGCGACAAGACGAAAUCGGAGGACUAUUACCCGAAGUCGAGGACUGGUCUUGGCGGCUUGUCGUUGUCUUCAGCUGGGUCUAGCCAUCUGUUUCGGAAGGAUCUCUCGCAGUCUUAUGCUCCCCUAUACGUGGACCCCAAGACACUAACAGCCGAAGUCAAGUGUUCGGUUAGAGUUCCAGACGAUGCGUUUCCCACCAUCUCGUCCGUUCCCGGUGCUAUGAUCAGCUUUAGGUACUACGUGGAAGUGGUGGUUGACUUGCAAGGCAAAUUGACGGGCCUCGAUAAGUACUUCUCGAACAGUGGUCUCCUCAGCGUCCCGAAUCUGUAUGGUACUACCCCAGAGAUGGGACGGGCCGAGGACGCCAAUGGGAGUGUAUUUGCUGCAUGGGGAGGCAAUUUCAUCGAUACUGAAUCCAUUCGACGCGAUAAAAGCGUCGUCUGCUCCGUUUUCGAGGUUGUAAUCGGUACGAAAGACAGCGAUCGGAAUGGCAAGAAGAGGCAACAGCCACCCCCGGAACCUGAGCCGAGCGUUGCCCAAGACCCGUCACAUAACACUCAGGACAUACCCCUGGCGCCCGGCGAUCCGAGAUACUAUCCUUCCCUCGAGGAACAAGAAUACUACGGAUAUGAGCACCAGGACCAUUAUUACGGAAACCACACCGAAGGCGACGGCUAUCAAGAAGGCGAUUACCAUGACGACCAGUACCACUACAACGAAUAUGACGACACAUUACGACCCUCGCACUUCCAUCCACCUAAUCACGUCCCCGAGGAAGACCUGCCUGAAAAAGAACGGCUACGAAGAGCAGAAGCACGGCUAUUACCCAGUCAGCCCCCUGAAGCCCCCGGAACGUCUGCACAAGCAUCUCACACCAUCCCCCCCUCGGCACCUGUCAUUCCAGACGACGACGCGCCGUAUCAUCCCAGCCCGCAACACCAGCAUUGCGAAGACGACGAUACGAGAACGAUACCGGGUCGUUCUAAUCUCUCUUCAACGCCAAUCCCAUCAACGCCGUCUACUGUCAUCGCAGCCCCUCAAUCACACAGCCAGGCCGUACCGAGCUACUCGCCGCCGUCCAACCCGACUCAUCGUCCGCACCCGGAGGAUAAGCAAGAGCUGCAACGUCGCAGGCUGCAGAUGGAACGCAGCAACCCCAACGACGUCCCCGACGAUGUCGGCGAAGCGAGUCGGCCGGCGCAGCCGGUUAUCGCGCCAUCCGCGCCGGUGCUGGACGAAGAGGAUUUAGGGCAGCAGGGGGGGCAGUCGGAUUUGCCGCGGUAUGAACGAUGAUUACCUCGUCGACGGUUAUAUCCACUCGGCGCUUGUGUAGGCUAGUGGGGAAUAGGCGUUUGUGAUCUUUUUAGCAUCUGGGUUGGGCGGAUUUAAAAACAUUUUUUUUUAUCUACGCAUAGGUUUGGUUUUGGGUAGGCACAGGCGCUUUUGUGACAUUGUGGAUGUGCAACUUAGCCGCGAUUUCGGCUACGUGGGGUGUGUUGUUAGAGGGUGCUGUUCGGACCUCGAAUUAGGGGUUUGAUUGGUUGGAGUAGGAGUAGGAGUAUUAGAUACCCGAAAGGCUGGGGAUGGGGAUGGGGAAUGCAAUAUGCAGUCAUUAUUGUGAAC